AGAGGCUACGCUGGAGCCACAUAAACACAUUCACAGAUGUAUUUCCAUGCGCUCUGACAGCCGGACUCAGCCACAGCUGUGACACUGAACGUAGAGGAAGAAAUCAAGGGUCGGACGGAGAGCGACCACCAAGCAAAUAACCACACCAUUACUGCGGGGUCUUGCCAACAUCCCUCUCCCUCGGAUCGUGGGCUUGAGUGAGAGCGUGUCUGACAGGAGAGAGAAGAAAGGGGGGUAAAUCUACCGGCACGAUCGUCCUCCAGGCUUUUAAUUACGGUCCAUGUUUCCACUCUGAUCCUAAAGCUCAUUCCAGAAGCUGCAGCAAAAACAGGGAACGAAACACGCGACUUGACCGAAAACAAAGAGCAGCAGAGGAGAUAAAGAAAUAAAGAGAGACAAAGAGUAAAAGAAGGAACGGGGAUUUUUUUGAUGAAUGAAGCAUCAGUCAGCAUGUGGUGGAAAUAGCUGCAGCUACAUAAGAUGAUCGCUCUUGUCUCCACAGCCGCCUGCUGAGGACGUGACGACCCACGUGGUCUGGAUGCCAGCAGCUGCCUCUCGGAGCCCCGGACGCCCCCUGGCAAUCUGAGAAACGUCCUUCAUUUUCCAUGCUCCAGACCCCCUCCGGUCUGCGAAGGACUUGUGAGGAUUAUUGAGUUUUGGGAUUAGUGAAGUGUCCACUUUGGCCGUGGGAGAAAGGGAAAACUAUCACUCGUACGUUGGAUACAUCAGAGCAUGAGGUGCUCUGGGAGCCGGCAGCGCGGUGGAUGACCUCCAGCAUGCGGCCGUCCCAGGUGGACCUUACGCUUGUGCCCAUCCGCUGUUUCUGAGGAGAUCCAGAUCGUACUGUAAUGACCAGGCAUAGAACCAGCCCUGGAGAUGCCGAAGAGAAGAGAUAUUCUUGCCAUCGUGUUGAUUGUGUUACCGUGGACCCUUCUCAUCACUGUGUGGCACCAAAGUGCGAUUGCCCCCCUGCUGGCCAUCCGAAAGGUCUGUCACCAUCUAGUAAAAGAGAUCUUAAUCAUACCAGAGCGACUAACCAUCCACCGACAGCGGCUAGCAGGUACUCCUCUAAGGUUUGUGGCAUGCGUCAAUCAUAAAGAGAGCAACCUUGUGUGUGCUAAUGCCUUAAUUCUCUUUCUGUGUCCCCUAGAUGAUGGGACGGAGGCCAGACACGAGGCAGGUCCGGCCACAGACUCGAAGGAAUACUGCUCACAAGACAAAGACAUAGUUGAGGUGGUCCGUACGGAAUAUGUGUACACAAGACCCCCACCCUGGUCAGACGUAUUGCCCACCAUCCACGUCAUUACCCCGACAUACAGCCGCCCGGUGCAGAAGGCAGAGCUAACGCGACUGGCAAACACUUUCCUCCACGUGCCCAACCUACACUGGAUCCUAGUAGAGGACUCUCAAAGGAGAACCCCUUUAGUCACGAGGUUGCUGAGAGAGACAGGACUUAACUACACGCACCUCAACGUGGAGACCCCGAGGAACUAUAAGCUCAGGGGGGACACGAGAGAUCCCAGGAUUCCUCGAGGAACCAUGCAGAGGAACCUGGCUUUGAGAUGGCUCCGGGAGACAUUCAAUUCCAACAGCAGCCAGGCGGGAAUCGUCUACUUUGCGGAUGAUGAUAAUACGUACAGUUUGGAGCUCUUUGAGGAGAUGCGCUCGACCCGUAAGGUAUCAGUCUGGCCUGUAGCCUUUGUUGGAGGUUUACGGUACGAGUCUCCAAAGGUCAAUGCAGCAGGGAAAGUCUACGGCUGGAAAACGGUCUUUGACCCUCACCGACCCUUUGCCAUUGACAUGGCAGGUUUUGCCAUCAACCUGCGACUCAUUCUCUUUAAGCCUCAGGCCUACUUCAAGUUGAGGGGGGUGAAGGGGGGCUACCAGGAGAGCAGCUUGCUCAGAGAGCUGGUCACUCUCAAUGACCUGGAACCAAAAGCUGCCAACUGCACUAAGAUUCUUGUGUGGCACACCCGGACGGAGAAACCUGUUCUGGUGAAUGAAGGAAAGAAAGGCUUCACAGACCCUAACGUGGAGAUCUGACAUCUGCUUCGACAACGAGAUGGUUACUGCAAGAGCCAAAGCGGCUGUCAGAGCGUCUUUACCACCAUGAACAGUUAGGAAUGCUUCUCCUGUAAACCCCAAUUUAACAAGCUCAUAUGGACCUCAUAUUCUAAAGCACAGAUUCGUUUUUUUUAAGCCAACAUGAUCAGUAUUUUGUCAGAACAAACGUCGGCGCCAGGUGGUGCUUGACACAUGCGGACCGAAGGAAAUAGUGGAAUAUAUUGAUAGUGUUAGAAAUCUAAGACCUGGAUCUUCCUCCGUCCAGGAGAACGGGUUUAACAGGCUGAGCCGGCACUUGACUCGGUGUCAACAGUGAAUGUUGAUCCGUUUAAGAGACGUUUAAGUUCCGUUACAUGUACUGAUUUAAGACUGAUAUUUGAACACAAAGAAGGGAAUGUCUUUUUUUUACAUGUGUAUUUUUAAGUUCAUGUUUUGUUGUUUACAUCACUUUCUUGCUAGCAAAGCACUACUGAUCUUCAAAUUUUUGCCUCAAGUCAAAUUCAGCUUCACUCGGCGGUAUUAAACCAUUAAACCAUUUACCAGGGCUGGCUGCUAUACUGGACUUAGAUAUCACAAAGUUGUAACGUUUGUCUAAGACCUUCAUGAUAUGAAUAGCACCUGAACUUUGUCCUGUGUUCCUGUGGGGACGCGCAAUGUAAAUAUAACUUAAAGAUGAACAAUCAUAGACUUCAAAGGAAAGUGAUCUAGCAUUCAACUGAACAAGCAAUGUAACUACUGUAUUUGUACCUAAGUGUAAAGUAUGAAACAACCAUCAUUUACCACAACAUCCGCAUAUAACACAUUAAACUUUGCACUUACGUUAGCACCAAAGGAGACAGAAUGGUGAAGAAGGCUUCGGUAUUUCAGAAUGAGGGUAUUUUUACAAGCACGUUCAGUAUUAAAUGGGUUCGCCAUAGAGAGCUGCUCAAAGCUCGCCUCAGUAAAUAUUUAGCUGAAGUAUAUGUCAAACCCAAGCUGUGGGCUUUAAAUCUGCAGAGGGUUUUACAGAGAUGUUGCUUUACUAAUAAAGCUAAAAUUGAGACUGUCAGAACACAUAAUGUCUGGUUUCAUAAAACAUAGCUAUUUUCCUAUGUCAAGAAUUAAGAGGGAACAUGCAUAUUCUGGGUAUCUUGUGGAACAGCACUAAAACUCCAUGGGCAAAAAUAUUCAGCUGUGGUAGUUUGUUUAUAAAUCUGGCCUGAAACAAAACGGAUCGAUCUGUGCUAAAGGACUGGCUUCAUUGGGUUGUGGAUGGGGAGAGGUUCACCCAAAAAUGAAAAUCGUUUUAUCAUUUACUCAUCCACGUGUCAUUCCGAACCGGUAUAUCUUUCUUCUGUAGAGCACAAAAAGACCAAAAAACCUUUCCCCCAAUUGACUUCUAUCAUAUGGACACAAAAUCACUUUUGUGUCCAUACAAUAUCUUUUGUGUUUCAUAUACAGGAGUCAUGUAGGCCUACUUGUUUUUAACAACUUGAGGGAUAAUAAAUGAUGACGGAUUUUUUUUAUUUUGGAUGAACUAUCUCUAUAAUGUUUUGAGACUUAAAGCUGCAAGUAUUUAAACACUGUAUGACAAUGUAAAACAAUGUCAUGGAAAGUAUACAGAGAAUCCCUAAUCCUGAGCACACAACAGACAGAAAGAAUGAAUGAACGAAAGGAAUAAGAGGACAGAAAGACCUUCAGCCGUUUCAUACAUCAGACACUUAUACUCCCCACACAUUUACGGGUAGAUGUCUCUUUUGCUAUAUUAAAGGCUACACAUAAGCAGCGUAUGAAACACAUGGUCAAGCACAAAUUGUUCUCUAUAGUCAGAAUUGUAUUGUGGCUUGGGUGGCUGAACAGUGAGAUUUCAAAGGUUAGUAAUUCUUGUACUGUCACUUUAACAGCCCAUAAUUACUUCAUCAAUCAGUGGUGAGGCUUAGGGUGCAUAGCACAUGUUUAAUGGAAUAUAACUUUUCAAACUUUGAAGAUACAGCUUACUCCUUUCGGGAUGUGAUGGAUUAUUGCUUUAGGACGUUUCGGAAAAAUGACUCCUCGCUUCUUUGUCAUUUCUGAAGUUUGUGAGAAUCAAAGUCUUUUUUUGAGUGCGCACAAAACACACUGCUCUGAGCUCUUAUCUGCGGCUAACAAAGUACCACAUCCCUACUGAGUUUCAAAAGCCUCUUGAGCUCACAGAGUCCUUCUGAGCAACCACACAAUACACAUGCGGGCUAAUGAAGGACGGGAAUGGAAAGAGGGAGAGCAUCAUUAAAAUGGAAGACGGGUGUUUGAAGCUUUAUUUCAGGGUUUUCAUGCAAUUAGAAAGUUAUGUCCUAAAAGAUGAGGAAUUUAUUGUGGUAUGUAGCCAUGUUUCUGGAGAUGAUUGUAAUAGCAUUCAUUUGAUUCAGAGAUCACGAGGUUCGACUUCUAUGCCAGCUUGGUCUUUCAUGCAGAAAUCUCUCUGAAGUAAAUAAAUAGUUCACUUCAAAAUGAAAAUAAUAUUAAUUAUUGUUCAUCCUUGUGUUGCUCGAAACAUAGCUGUUGUUUUUCCUGUGAAAUACAAGCAUUCUCAGCUCAAUAAGUUACUGCUUGUGUGAGCUUCAAUAAGGUUCUGUUGUCAAUUGACUAUUUUCAGAAAGCAAAAGAGGAAGGAUAGACAACUGAGUUUAUGAUGACUUACAAUUUGAUUUGUUUUCACACAGGCCUAAAACAUGCCUUCGUAAAUCUUAGUUGUCAUAAACUAGUUGUAUAAUGUACUGCUAUGACGGUUUAAUGUUUUUUUGACUGCUAUAACUUAAUAUAUGGCAAAAGCAAAGCCAUUUUAGAGGUGAAACAACAACUAGGUUAUCGUUGAUGAUUUUCCAAAUCCUUGUAUUUCCUAAUUCCCUUUUUUUUAUGAAAUGAAUAAAACUGCUGUACUUUUAAAAUGAUUCAAUACCGUGUUUUCAAAGCUGACAAUGCAAAACCAGUGACAAACAUAAAGGAGGUCUAAUAAUAAUGAUUUAUGGCAAAAAAUGAAAACCACAAAAUAUGGAGAUACGAGAAGGACGGCAGCAAUAUUUAGGAUGCUACUGAAUGUUUACCUUAAAAUCCAACAAAAAGACUAUUCACCCUUUCUUUCACGUCCAAAUUCAUAUUGAAAGCCGCCAAGUGCAUGUACACUUAAAGUAGAUGAUGUCACCUGUUAUUUUCUUGAGAGUAAUGCUGAUAUCUUCUGUUCACAUGUGAAUUUUUUGGUUUUCUGAAAAAAACCUUGCAAAAGCAAGUCUGUUGUAACAGCUGCAUUUGUUUGAGUCGGAUGCUGUUACAAAGCCCACUUACUGUAUUGUUAAAGGAAAACAGCUGUUGUACAAGGUUUAUGUAUUUAUUCUCUAUUGAUAUAUUUAUGUAUUUAUUUACAGAGUCUGUUCUUAUGAAAGUGAACUCAGAUCUGACUGAAAUGCCUGCAUCUGUUUCUUUACAUUGACAGCACAGAUUCACUGUUGUAUUCUCAUAUUGGCUCUGAACUGGGACUUGAUUGAUGGACUAAUAUGCAGAAAAACAUGCAGCUUAUUAGAAAAUUGUUGACAAAAAAGUUUGUUUUGUUGCUGACCUGCAGCCCAACUCUACAGAUAUCAAGACUAUGUUUUUCUGAUAAAGAGCUCAAAAACAUUAAAUACACAUGAAAAAAUCCA